AGAACUUCAAAGUGUUUGGAAGUACUGAAAGCAAAAUGAAACUUUUAUUUGCGAUUUUUUCAAUUUUCUUUUUCAUUGUCAUGAUUAAUGGACAAGCUCCUGACUGCACAUCACCAGCCGUAACUGGUCGAUGCUUCGCUUAUUUCCCAUCAUGUGACUGCAGCUCACCACCAGUAACUGGUAAUUGUGAAGCAUUGCAAUUUGCUUGGAACUACAAUCGAGCAAGAAAGACUUGUGAACAGUUCAACUAUGGCGGAUGUGGAGGCAAUGGCAACAGAUAUGAUUCGUGGCAAGAGUGCAUGUUUAAUUGUGCUGGCAAAUAAUGCAAUAUUUGCUGUCAUUUUGUCCUUAUUUCAGUCAAUAAAGUGAUUUCGAAUUAAACUGCAU